CCGGGUAGGGCGGUGGACCCCGCAUAUCCGGGGCAUCCCACACCAGAUGUCUGACGUUGCGCGUCGUGUGUGUAGAAAGAUUUCUCCAAAACCUGAACGAAUACUCCCUCAGAAAUAAACCCCUGCGCUUUGAACAUUGUUCAUCUUUGAUCAUGGAUAUCAUCUCGCAAUACGUGGCGCUCGACGGUAGCAGGCUGGAAGGUCGACUGGAAAAUCCUACACAACGACAGGAGGAGCUGCAGGCAAUGCACCGUGCCAUUCUUCAAAAUGCGCAGGGUUUAACCAAUGCUAUUUCGUCGGAUACGAAUCGAGGAGUGAACAAUUCAUUGCUCGAGAUCAUCGUGGUGUUGCGUACAAUUAGUCAGCUUUUCGGACAACAGAGCCUAUCUGAAACCCUUAAGAGGGAAAGGGAGAUUGAGAAGAGCGCUGAGGAUCUAGAUAGAUAUAGUGCUUUGGGCAAUGUGCUGAUUCUGGCCGAUCCCUUUCUGCCGCUGGCCUCCAGCAUUAUUCCUCUCGCAUGUUCUAUCGCAGCGGGCAAUUCAACAAUGGUUCUCUUGCCGGCAGCGACCCCGACCUUUUCCAAAGAGCUCCUGGAAGUCUUCAAACAAUCUUCGCUUGAUGCUGAGGCCACUGCCAUUGUUUUCCCAGAGUCAAAGGAAGAUGCGGUGAAUAUUCUUGCAACCCUGAAACACUCCCGGUUCAAUGGGAUUGUCCCCCAACUGGAAGAGCAUCUCACGAUAUUUCGAGAAAGCGAGUUCCUGUUAGCAACCCCAACUCUUCGAGUUUUGUCUUCGGUUCCAGAGGCUAGUAUUGUGGUUGUAACGCGACACGCGCAAGUUCGAAAUGCCACCGAGGAAAUACUUCAAGCCCAAUCAGUGCAGCCGACCCUUGGACCCAGUUCUACGACACCGAUUUUUUUGAUCGACGAGUUCGUGCUGCGAGAGUUCGAGACUGAGACUCUAAGAGUUUUGUCGAUGAGACAAAAAAGCAACAGUCUCGACGGAAGCCAACAGGGGUUAAAGAAAUCCAACGAACUCUCUCCGGACCAGGUCUUGAUAUUUGAGAGUCAUGCAGGCCGUGUCUUGCAUCUGCCUGGUGGUGUUACCAUGUUGAUUGGAGACCCAAAUUGGAAGACGUGGGAAUACUUUCCAUCACUUGAACACCUAUUCAUUUCUCCCUCCAGGUUGUUAUAUGUUAUGCCAACUACCAGCUUAGAAUGCACCAUCACUCUAGCAGGCCAAUUAAACCCCGAAGGAUUUACGAAUUUGUUCUUGUACGGAAAUCCGUCGGAGUCGCGAUAUCUCUCCUCGUUCAUCACAGCGGCUGCCACGUACAUUAACUGCAUUCCUCUGCAAUCUAUCUUUCUUCCGGCAAAUCAUUUUCCUGUCACCGCGGUUCCGGGAUCGCUAUACUCCACUGCGCGGCCCGUAGCAACCGGAACACCUGCAGCUGCCGUUAUCCCUUCUCAUAUCUUAGCGUUCCCCCCUGUUGUCCAAAAGAACAACUUGUUGGCAAUCCUGACGGCGGAGAAGCUCAACCCACCACGGCAGAGGAAAGGUCAGAAUCUUGGAUUUUUUGAGCAAGGUGCUAUCGUUGGUCUGUCUCAUGUUCUUCUCACUACUAGUCUUACCUGCAUGGGGCUUUGGUUGGCUACCAAGAUACUGUUGCGCAAGUAGGCUGCGCAUGUUAGGGCAGCACGAGAUAUUUUCUUCGGAAGCAAAACAAUGCCCUUGAUUUUUGUUCAUCGGGGCUUAGAGUAGUAGAGUCACUCCAAGAUAUAGCCUCGAGAUAUUCCAUGUGCUCUCGCAGGGAUGCAGAUUUUCCUUUCUUGUCUGGGAGGUGGCGUCAGAGCAGGUAAUGGUUCUGUAUAUACGCGAUCAGUGGAGAGUCUUUUCAGAAAGAUAAGGGAUUUUCACUAAGUCAACGGACCCAGUUUCCGUGCACCCCCACCACAACUCCAAUAGGACACAAAGACGAAUGGAUUUUGCGGAAUGUAACCACCACCAUAUAUUUUUCUAUAGCUGU